ACGAAGCAGCAUAGCCACAAUCAUCUCCCUCUCUUUCUCUUCUUUGAAGUUCAGAGGCCAUGUACCUGAACCCAAGAAUCUUAGGCUCUGGCGAGAGGACCCUGGUUCUCUCCCAUGGCUAUGGAGGGAGCCAGGCUAUCUGGGACAUGAUGCUACCACACCUGGCACGGAGGAACAAGGUGCUCCUCUUCGACUGGGACUUCUCGAGCGCGCCUGACGCCGGCGAGGAGGGGGAGCAGAGCUGCUACACGUUCUCGAGGUUCGCCGACGAGCUGGUGGCGCUCAUGGACGAGAUGAAGCUGAGCGGCGCGGUGUACGUGGGGCACUCCUUUGCCGGCAUGGUCGGCUGCAUUGCGUCCGUCAAUCGCCCCGACCUCUUCGCCCAUCUCAUCCUCGUCGGCGCAUCCCCGAGGUACAUGAACUCGGAGGACUACGAGGGCGGGUUCGACAAGUCGGACAUCGAGGCGAUGCUGGGCAGCAUCGCCACGGACUUCCGCGGCUGGGCGGAGGGCUUCGUGCCGCUGGCCGUCGGCAGCGCGGACCCGUCGGCGGUGGAGCCGCUGGCGCGGAGCUUCUUCGCCAUGGACCCGCGCGCGGCGCACGGGCUGGCGCGCAUGAUCUUCCUGGGCGACCAGCGCGGGGUGCUGGACGACGUGGCCGUGCCGUGCACGCUGGUGCACGUCUCCCGCGACUUCGCCGCGCCGCCGUGCGUCGGGCGGUACAUGCAGGCCCGCAUGCUGGCGGCUCGCUGCCCCGCGGCGGCCAUGGAGACCAUCGACUCGGUGGGCCACUUCCCGCAGCUCGUCGCGCCCGACGAGCUGCUGGGGAUACUGGACCUCGUGCUCGGAGACGCCCACGAAGACGCCGACGGGGAGGAGACCGCCGCCGCCGCCGCGGCCCUGGCUGACGAGAUGAGCAGCGAGGUGCCCGCCGGCGGCCUCGCGGAGGCGGCGCCGGAGGUGCAGGGCGAUAUCGACGUGGCGACGUAGACGCCCAUGCUGUGCCGGUGCCGCCGUGGCGCCACGCCAUGCGUGCCCCUGGACGUUCGCUUGAUAUAUAUGCCACCUCGGGUACGUGUAUGUGUCUGUGUUGGUCGGUGGCCAAGUCGACAUGUAUUUUAUGCGUUCAGCUUUGGUAAUUCGUAGAAACAACAUUUGUGUGUGUGUGUGUGUGUGUGUCGUUUGGCUGUUGCAUUGGUUUGGUCAACUGAAGGGAAUGGAGCACUGUAUAUUGUUAAAAGCAUUGUAUAUGGCUAUAGCAUAUGAUCUAUCUCAAAACUAAUGUGGGCUACAUGUGUAAAAA